UCGAAGAAAAUAAUAAAAAAUAUUAUUUUAUUCAGAUCAGUUUCAAUUUGGUAGUGUCCGCGAAAAGUUGUAUAGAUUUCAAUUUAGAAAAGCAAAUAAACAAAAUGAGGAAACACUGUGGAAAAGCCACGGUCGUUGUACUAUUUCUAUGCUAUGCCAUAUCUGUCAUCCCACAGACUUCCAGCUAUGUGUCCCAUCGCAGACCCAAUAACACAUAUGUGCCUGGUUACAAGCCAGCCAACAAUUCAUACGCUUACAACAGUAGUUUUUUAACACCGGGCUAUAGACCAGCCACUAAUGCCUUUAAUCCAAAUCCAUGGCCUCAAAACCCCGUUUAUACUCCAGUCAACAAUUACAGUCAAGGAUAUCCAGCUGUAAACUAUCAACCAGCUAAUAACAUGGCUCCGUUCAACAAUUACUACAAUCAAACCGGAUACAGGCCACAAAAUAACACCCGUUAUCACAGAUCUGUUCCGGCCUAUGGACAAGCUCAAUUCCAAGGAAAUGGUCCAAAUGGUAACAAUUAUUCCAACUACUAUCAUCCACAGCCUUCGGUGCCAAACACUCGACCCGCUAUGGGAUAUAACAAUAAUCCAUCCAAUUAUUAUCCCCCACAACAAGUUUCGAGUGGUCACAGACCUCAACAAACUAAAAAUUCUACCUAUUUCCAGCCCUCGCCGCCAACAACUAACCAUGUAGCGAAUUCCCACAUUUAUCCUCCAUUGCCAAACAAUGGAGCGGCAAGACCUCAACAACCGAAUCACUCUUGGACACCCGGCAAUGGACAAACACAAAACUUGUAUCCGAAAUUACCCAAUCGCUAUCCAAAUUCACCACAAAUUCCACCUCAACAACAACGACCUCAAGUCCCAGUCCCUACUCCACCCCAAUCCCCUGUGCCACCAAAUGCAAACAACAAUGCUGGCGCCCAACACCAAGGACCCAAAAAUUGGCAUUCUUCAGGACUUGCAGCUUUAAGCUAUUCUCAAGUUCCAAAUAAUCAACCAAAGCCAAAUGUGGGUUACUUGGGAAACCAAAGAAAAUACUAAAGAUAUUUUUUGGCUAAAAUUUGUGUAGAAAUGCGAAAUUCCAUUUGUUAAAGAAAGUUUAAAAAAUUAACUAAAAUUAAUAUGCAAUGCCGGGAUGGAAAAGCAAAAACAAAAA